AUGCGAAAGGACCCAUCUCUUCAUUACCUACUGACAACACUUCCUUCAUUAUCUAUCUAUCUAUCUAUCUAUCUAUCUAUCUAUCUAUCUAUCUAUCUAUCUUCUCUUCAUUAUCUAUCGACAACACUCCCACUAUCUAUCUAUCUAUCUAUCUAUCUAUCUAUCUAUCUAUCUAUCUAUCUCAGUCUCUUCAUUAUCUAUCGACAACACUCCUACUAUCUAUCUAUCUAUCUAUCUAUCUAUCUAUCUAUCUAUCUAUCUAUCUAUCUAUCUCAGUCUCUUCAUUGUCUAUCGACAACACUCCCACUAUCUAUCUGUCUGUCUAUCUAUCUAUCUAUCUAUUCAUUGUCUAUCGACAACACUCCCACUAUCUAUCUAUCUGUCUAUCUAUCUAUCUCAGUCUCUAUCAUUGUCUAUCGAUCAAUCUAUCAUCUCCCACAUAUCUAUCUAUCUAUCCCACUAUCUAUCUAUCUAUCUAUCUAUCUAUCUAUCUAUCUAUCUAUCUCAGUUUCUUCAUUAUCUACUGACAACACUCCCUUCAUUAUCUAUCUAUCUAUCUAUCUAUCUAUCUAUCUAUCUAUCUAUCUAUCUAUCUGUUCUAACCUAGAAAGGGUUACUGAAUGA